AUGUCUAUCAACAUUUUCACCCCUGUGAACGAGAUGGACUUCGCCGGCCAUCCUGUCAUCGGCACUGGCCAUGUGAUAUUUCGACAGCUACUUCCUGGUCUUGUCGCAGAUCGUACCGCCUCUUCAGAGAUCACUCUUUUGGCAAAGGCAGGACCAGUUGUUGUGCGAUAUGAUCCGACACGAGAAAUUGUGGCAGCCGAAGUGCCACAUAACAUCCAUAUUCAUUCACAUCCUACUAGUAAACACAGCAUUCUCGAGACUCAACCGAGCUUGAAGACUCAGACGUCUACGCUGGAGCAGAGUUAUCCAUGCCUCUCUAUCGUCAAGGGCGUCACCUACACCUUGGUAGAUUUUACGAAUCAACCUGAGAUGUUUGCCGCCGUUGCCGCAGGCCCUAGUCAGAUUGCAGAACUUGAUGAGGGCUGGGCACCCUCUUUUACCGGGGUGAUGUAUUACCGGGUGGUGUCGGAUCCUUACAUCGAGGAUGAUAGGAAGGUGCAACAACUGAGAGUUCGUAUGAUUGCCAUCGAUCUUGAGGACCCCGCCUGUGGAAGCGGUUCGUGUGCUUUAGGUGCAUAUCUUGCGCUUCAGCAAGGAGGUGCAGGUGGUAGAUAUAGAUUCUAUCUUGACCAGGGACAGGAAAUUGGACGUGACAGUAAUAUCAUUGUCGACAUUGUGUUGGAUGAGACCGGAGACCGGGUAUCAAGUAUAUCCCUGUCAGGGCCUGCAACGCUAGUCACUGAGGGCACUUUGUUACUGCCCGAGUAG